CCUUCAGAUAUGGUAGAAGGCUUUGUCUCACGGUUUAAAAAUAAUUUAAAUAAGGUGAUCAACAGUUAUGCUGCAGUUUAAAAAGAACAGUCGUCCCGUCUAGAGCUGAGCAGCGCACGGCUCUGCUCUCCUUUCAAACUUUUUUUUUUGUUGCAGCGCAGUGAUUAGCCGGGGAGUUGUCGUCAUCAGCAGCAGGACCCUAUGUUUUUUUUCUCUCCCUUUCUAAAUGGAUGGGGCUGUCCUGGUUGUUACCCAGUUCAAGAGAGGCCAAAGGAUUGGAGCAACUUUGAAUAGCCGUCAGUUUUGGCGUUCUUCAGUGACGCGCAGAAUGCUUCGCUCUAACUUUGUAGGCAAAGAAAAAUAAACUUUUCCGAUGAAGAAAAGAAACCAAGGGAAAAGCGCACCGUAGUCUACAAUAAAAAAGAGAGAAAGGCUUCUCAAACUGCUUUGAGGGGGCUGCUUCAAAUUUCAUUCUUGGCAUCGCUAUGGAUUAUAUAUAUUUUCUGGUUUACUGCAUAACUUCUGUAUUGUUUUUGGAUUACAGACACGCUGCAUAUUCACACAGCAAGCUCUCUGGAAAGUUAAGUGAAUACGGUCUCAUCGUCCCGUUCAGCACCGACUCCCAAGGCCGGUAUAUUUCUCACGUGGUGUCAGCAGCAGCGGCAGCAGCAACUGCAAGUAAAAGUGGCGUUUCGUCCGCUGGAGGAAAGCGACGAGUCUCCCGGAGCGUCCCGAACUCCCCUGCCUCCCCAUCGAAUAGCCAGCAGUUGUUUUUCAACGUCACCGUCUUCGGUAAGGAGUUGCACUUGCGCCUGAGGGCCAACAGAAGGCUCGUGGCUCCAGGCGCGUUUGUGGAAUGGCACGAGGACUUCGAGGAGAAGGGCAAGGAGCGUAUUCACGGCGACUGUGUUUUUACCGGGGAUGUUACGGACAUGCCAGAGGCUUCCGUGGCUAUAAGCAACUGUGAUGGACUGGCGGGCCUCAUUCGUACGGAUAACGAGGAGUUCUUCAUUGAGCCGCUGGAGAAAGGCCAACAGGAAGUAGAGGUCAAGGGUCGCGUACAUGUGGUGUACCGUCGCUCCGCCAUCAAGCGGGAGACCAGCCAACGCAAGGAGGAGGACCUGCACAAUGAAGUGGCCGACUUUGGCAUCGCGGAGCUGCCCAACACGCUGGACGGCGUGGAGCAGAAGCUGAGCGAGUCGGAGCGCAAGCGUCGGCACGCCAAGAAGGACGACUACAACAUCGAGGUGCUGCUGGCCGUGGACGACUCGGUGGUGCGCUUCCACGGCAAGGAGCACGUGCAGAACUACGUCCUCACCCUGAUGAACAUUGUAGAUGAAAUCUACCACGACGAGUCCCUGGGAACCAACAUCAACGUUGUCCUUGUUCGAAUCAUAUUGGUCGGCUACAGACAGUCCAUCAGCCUGAUCGAGCGCGGCAACCCGUCCAGGAGUCUGGAGCAGGUGUGCCGCUGGGCCAACACGCAGCAGCGGCUGGACCCCGACCACGCUGAGUAUCACGACCACGCUAUCUUCCUGACCAGGCAAGACUUUGGUCCCGCAGGUAUGCAAGGUUACGCCCCGGUGACGGGCAUGUGCCAUCCGCUGCGGAGUUGCACGCUCAACCACGAGGACGGCUUCUCGUCCGCAUUCGUAGUGGCGCACGAGACUGGACACGUGCUGGGCAUGGAGCAUGACGGCCAAGGGAACAGGUGUGCAGAUGAGACCAGCAUGGGCAGCAUCAUGGCUCCGUUGGUGCAGGCCGCCUUCCAUCGGUACCACUGGUCACGCUGCAGCAAGCAAGAACUCAACAGAUACAUACACUCCUAUGACUGCCUGUUGGACGAUCCGUUUGAGCACAAGUGGCCAAAGCUGCCGGAACUGCCCGGAAUCAACUACUCCAUGGACGAGCAGUGCCGAUUUGACUUUGGCGUCGGAUACAAGAUGUGCACCGCUUUCCGCACCUAUGACCCAUGCAAGCAGUUGUGGUGCAGUCACCCUGACAACCAAUACUUCUGCAAGACCAAGAAGGGCCCCCCCGUCGACGGCACGGAGUGCGCCCCAGGGAAGUGGUGUUUCAAGGGUCACUGUAUCUGGCGGUCGUCUCACGAGCCCUUCGGUCAUGAUGGCGGAUGGAGCGUCUGGACCAAGUUCGGCACCUGCUCACGCACCUGUGGCGGAGGGGUGCGCUCUCGGAGCAGGCAGUGCAACAAUCCCCCUCCUGCAUACGGUGGACGUGACUGCCCAGGCUCGACGUUUGACUACCAGAUGUGCAAUACGGAGGACUGCCCUGGUCCCUUCGAGGACUUCCGAGCCCAGCAGUGCGUCCAGCGCAGCAACAAGUACCACAACAACGUCAAGCAGACCUGGCUGCCAUACGAACAUCCAGACGAGGCUCAUAAGUGUGAGUUGAGUUGCCGCAGUAAGGAGAGUGGAGAGGUGGUGUUCAUGAACCAGGUGAUGCACGACGGCACGCGAUGCAGCUACACCGACCCCUUCAGCGUCUGCGCUCGUGGGGAGUGUCUGCAUGUUGGCUGUGAUAAGGAGGUCGGCUCCUACAAGCAGGAAGACAAGUGUGGCGUGUGCAGCGGGGACAACUCUCACUGUCGCACCGUCAAGCUCACACUCACCAAGACACCCAAGAAAACAGGUAUGCUGAAGGUGUUUGACAUCCCUGUUGGAGCCAGACACAUCCUGAUAGAGGAGAACGCCACCUCCCCACACACCAUUGCUGUGAAGAACCAGGUGACGGGUAACUUCAUCCUGAACUCCAAAGGGGAGGAGGUGAAGUCCAAGACCUUCAUAGAGGACGGCCUGGAGUGGGAGUACUCGGUGGGGAACGGCAGGGAGUCCCUCAAGACCAUCGGACCGCUGCACGAGGGCAUCGUGGUGCUGGUGGUGCCGCAAGAGGAGGAUGCCAAGAUCAGUCUGACCUACACGUACAUCAUCCAUGAGGACCUCCUGCCCGUCAUCACCAACAACAACGUGCUAUUGGCCGAACUGGACACCUACGAAUGGGCACUCAAAAGCUGGUCGCAAUGCUCUAAACCCUGCGGGGGAGGUGUGCAGUACACCAAGUACGGCUGCCGUCGGAAGAGUGACAGUCGGCUGGUGCACCGCAACUUCUGUGAACUGGGCAAGAAGCCCAAGCCCAUACGCAAACGCUGCAACGUGCAGGAGUGCACCCAGCCCAAGUGGGUGGUUGAAGAGUGGGGUGCGUGCAGCAAGACGUGUGGCAAGCUGGGCUACCAGACGCGCGCGGUGACGUGCACCCAGGCCCUGCACAACGGCACCAGCCGGAGCGUGCACACCAAGUACUGCACCGAGGACCGGCCGGAUAGCAGGCGCGCGUGCAACAUCACCGCCUGCCCAGCGCCCUGGAGGACUGGAGCCUGGUCACAGUGCUCUGUUACCUGUGGAGAGGGUAUCCAGCAGAGACAGGUGGUGUGCCGUGCCACCGAGACCAGCAGCGGACAGUGUGAUGGGGACAAACCGGAGACCGUCAUCAUCUGCAAGCUAUCUCCAUGCCCAGGUCCUUUCUCACUACCUUCCCCCACGAGUGCCACAGUGGAGAAUGGGACAUUGGAGGACGCAGAUAACCCUGUUGACAAAAUCUCCAAUGAGCCAUGCGUGGGUGACAAGUCCAUCUUCUGCCAGAUGGAGGUGCUGGCGCGCUACUGCUCCAUCCCUGGCUACAACAAGCUCUGCUGCGAGUCCUGCAGCAAGAAGGCCAUGAACCCUGGAGGAGGAGGAGGAGGAGGAGGAGGAGGAGGAGGAGGAGGAGGAUCCACUGGACCCACCGGUCCCACUGGUCCUUCUGGUACCGUGGGCUCUGGUACCGGCAUCGGUACUGGUUCCACCGCCGCACCUUACCUGGAGUCUGCCGUCCCGGACCCGCAAUCGGAGACCAUCCACAACGAAGGCGCCCCGACCCAGUCUAGCGCCCAUGUGCCCAGCCCAGGGUCUACCACAGGCCCCACUGCAGGCCCCACCACCUCAGCCUCAGCUGCCGCCACCACCAGGGCUCCGACUGCCACGGCCACCACCUUCGUCAGCACCACCCGUGCUCCGGCGAGGACCACCAAGGCUACCUCCAGGAGGCCCAGAUCAACGCUGCAAGGCCAGACCACGGCGCACCCACGGAGUCCCCCACAGAGGCGGCCGAUGUCGGGUAGCCCCAGUACAAACGCCCCUGCCUCCACCACCACCACUGCCUCUUCUCCUCCUGCUUCUUCUGCCUCUUCUUCUUCCUCUUCAUCUCCUCUUCAGUCGGGUCCCCUGGAGCCCCCCACUAGUGAGGACGAGAGCCAAGCCCACAGCCAGGGCACAGACUCUGGGGAGCCACCUUCAGGGCAGCCCGCCACAAGUCCCAGGAACCAAGCCCAUAGCCAGGCCACCGUUUCUGGGGACCCUCUACCUCCGCGCCCCAGUGAAGCCCACACAAUCCUCCAGGCCUCCAACACCACAACCGCCACCACAACCACCACCAACACCAGCAGUGUACGUCUCGGGGAGGAGGAAGGUGGUAACAGCAGCAGCAACAGCACUUUAGGGCCGAAGAGCGAAGAGGUGACGACUGAAAUGGUGGGGACAAGAAGGGACAAUGUGGAAGGGUUGGACCAGUCUAGGCCCACAACCCAAAGGACCAUGCCAUUGGACACCUGAGCAGCCACUGCUCUUUUGCCAUUGGUCCAUUUUAUUUUGUUUUGUUGUUUAUUUUCCAUUGUUUUUAUUUUUCAUUUUUGUUUUGCUCAUAUGUUUGUUUAUCGACAACUUGGUUCGGUCGAUAGUUCCAUGGUUACUGGUGAGCACACCACCGUACACGGUCAUGUCUUCUCAUCUCAUCUCAUCUCAUCUUGCCAGUGGACAUAAAGACUUGAUGGUUA